GACUUGAAGCAGGAGACUGAGACCUUCAUGUUGACUCCUACUCAUGAGGGUGUUUUCCUCCAACAGCUCUUUGGCUGAUAGCAAUUGUGUACGAUUUCAGAGGGUCAUUGCUACAGGGUUCCUCCAGCAUUACAAAAAAUGUUUUUUUAUGUUCUAUCUUAAAUAUUUUUCUUUGAAAUAACUCGAAGAAAUCAGCUGACUUAGAAAGGCGAAACAAAUGUGAAGUGGCGGAAGGGGAAAAAAAACAACUCGUUUCUAAUGUUGGAACUUGACAGUGUGACACCCAGCGGAAGUAAACAACGGAGUUAGCGGGGACACGAUGUAACGUUACUAGUCUUCGCGGAGGUAAAACAAUAACGUCUCAUUGCUCUCCGACAUGAGACCAUCGUUGAUGUCCAAAGGGUCUGAGUAGACAAGUACACCAACGACUCCAUAGGGUGCUGCAUUGAUGGCCUGAAUGAGACACAUGGCAUUUGAGGAGGUUCUCUGAAGUGGAAAGACGGACCAGAAGGCAAUAAGUGUGUUGUGUUGUCUUCUGCAGGUAUGUGUUUCCCUUUUGUUCAAGGUUGGAAUUUUCGUUGUUUCUGUUGAAAUUACUCUAGCUCAUGUAGUUAUUUGUUUUGUCCAUUGGGGGUCGCUGUUUUCCCCAUGUAUGUUACAUGUUUUUGAUAAUUGUUAUUUGUAUUUAGUGUGGUCCUGCCUUCCAUGCACAAUGGUUUCAUAUUGCUGAGGGAAGUGCAAAGACGGACCAGAAGGCAAUAAGUGUGUUGUGUUGUCUUCUGCAGCAUAAAUAAAUGCUGGGAAAAUCCACCAUCGGAGUCGACUUCUUCUAUGCCGUUUCACAUCCGUUACAUGAGCAGCAGCUCUGUAUUCAGCAGAGGAGCUUCAGUCUGGACCAAACGGACCCAGAGCCUCCACAGAUUAAAUAGGAACAGGAGGAACUCUGCACCAGCCAGGAGGGAGAGCAGCUUGAACUGAAGCAGGAGACUGAGACCUUCAUGUUGACUCCUACUCAUGAGGGUGUUUUUCUUCAUUUGCUCUCUUGCUGAUACUUGUUUACAGGGUCCUUGUUACUUUUAUCUACCGGCUAAAGUUGUAUUUUUUAUGUUAAAUGAUUGUUUUUGAAAUAACUCAAACAUCAGUUGACGUCGAGAGGAGAGAAAAAAUAUAUUAAAAAGGCGGAACCAAAAUAACAACUCGUAUCCAACGUCGGAACUUGAUAGUGUGACACCCAGCGGAAGUAAACAACGGAGUUAGCGGGGGAAAGAUGUCACGUUAGUAGUCUUCGCGGAGGUAAAACAACAAUGUCGUCAGUUGAGAACAUGAGAAACUUUGUCCACGAGCGGCUGACUGCUGCUGCGGAAGAAAUAUUCGGAGUUUUUGAAAAAACUAUCUUCGAGUACCAGGAAGAGGUCGACCGUCAGCGCAGACUGCUGGACAUCGUUUGGAAACCUGAAAUAAAGCUACGCAGAACAGAGCUCCCAGAGCAACAUGUCUGUAAGGAGGAGGAAGAAGAGGUUCUCUCUGAGCAGCAGCUCUGUAUUCAGGAGAGGAGCUCCAGUCUGGACCAGGAGGACCCAGCGCCUCCACAGACCAAAAAGGAACAAGAGGAACUCUGCACCAGUCCGGAGGGAAAGCAGCUUGAGCUGAAGCAGGAGAAGGAGACCUUCAUGUUGACUCCUACUCAUGAGGAAACGGACCACAGUGAGCCAGAACCCACAACUGACCACCAGCUCGUAGCUGAGAGCCCAGAUCAUAAAGGAAGUGAGCAUGAAGACUCUGAAUCAACCAGAAAUCCAGAGCCAGAACCAAAGAAAAUAGAUCCCAAAAAUAGAAGUCACUGUGACGAUGAGAACUUGUUAAAGAUUCCCAAUGAUACUCAAAUCGGGAAAGCACUUUUCCAAUGUGAUACUUGUGGAAAAACAUACAAGUACAGGUCAGGUUUGUCUACACACCUGAGAACACACACAGGUGAGAAGCCAUUUUCUUGCAAAACAUGUUCGAGGAGUUUUGUAAAAAGUAGUUAUUUGACGGUCCACAUGAGAACACACACAGGUGAGAAGCCAUUUUCUUGCAAAACAUGUUCGAGGAGUUUUGUAAAAAGUAGUUAUUUGACAGCCCACAUGAGAACACACACAGGUGAGAAGCCAUUUUCUUGCAAAACAUGUUCGAGGAGUUUUGUAAGAAGUAGUUAUUUGACGGUCCACAUGAGAACACACACAGGUGAGAAGCCAUUUUCUUGCAAAACAUGUGGGAAGGAUUUUACAUCUAAUGCUUGCUUGACGGUCCACACAAGGACACAUACGGGUGAGAAGCCAUUUUCUUGCAAAACAUGUGGGAAGGAUUUUAUAUCUAGUGCUAGUUUGACGGUCCACAUGAGAACACACACAGGUGAGAAGCCAUUUUCUUGCAAAACAUGUGAAAAAGAUUUCAACCGUAAUUCAGCCUUGUUGGCUCACAUGAGAAGAGCCCACUCUGGGGAGAAGCCGUAACUACGAGACCUGUGGGAAAACAUACUUUGAGGCUACUCCAUUGACGAGGCUUAUAAGAUCAUACAUACAACAAAAUACCACCGUUAUUCUUUGUCAACAUCCACUACAUGUUAAUUAUGAAAACAGGUAUUUGCCAUGAGAACAGAACUUUUCGGACACCACCAAACAUGUAAGAGCUGGUAGUUGAUGUUCUAAAGAAAGCAAAGACAGUUUUUUUUCCUUUAUAAAUGCAUGACAAUAAAAUGGAUUGUACUGUG